AUGGAUCCUGCGGCGCGUUCCGGUGCUACUGUUGCUGCCAUUGUCGGCCCAGAAGGUCAAAGCAUGUGUAGACGAGUGGCAAAGCCUGAAGAGCAUGUCCUUACACCUGGAUAUGUCUUUAUAGCAGCGGGAGAUCUUCGAAAAAAAACUACCAUCUACACUGCACAGCUUGCACCGGUCAUGGUCGCUACCGCUGAGGCAGUUGCGUUGAUAUUUGCCGUCCAUGCCUUGGGCCGAACUUGUACUGGUGGAUGCGGGGAAAAUUCCAAGAUUUAA